UUCCCUCUGCGGGCGCCGUAGUUGUUGUUCCAAACUUCCGCUUCCGGUCGUGCUAGCUUGUUAACUUGCUAACAACUUCAGUGUUUCCACAAUGGCGGAAUAUUCCAGCGUUAAAUCGACCAAACUCGUUCUAAAGGGGCAAAAUAAAGGCAAAAAGAAGAAGGACAAAAAUAAAAAGAGAAAGGCGGGAGACAACGAAUCCAAACAAGAUGUUGUCGGUGGUUGGUGGGCCGUCCGUGACUUUGGCGAGAUCAUGGGCUCGGUCGCCAUCGAGAUGCACAAUAAUUCGUACAUCCACGCCCUGGACACAGGACUUUUCACGGUUGGCGCGCCGCACCCAGAGGACGAAGGACCAGACCCCCCUGAACAGUUUACUGCAGUCAAGCUGUCCGACAGCAGGAUAGCCUUGAAGUCAGGCUACGGUAAGUACCUGGGCCUCAACGCUGACAACCUGGUGGUGGGCCGCUCCGACGCCAUUGGAGCUCGAGAACAGUGGGAACCCGUUUUUCAAGAGGGAAAGAUGGCGCUGCUGGCCGCCAACAGCUGCUUCAUCUCGUACAGCGAGAGCGGCGACAUCGAGGCCAAGAGCAAGACGGCGGGCGAGGGCGAGAUGUUGAAGAUCCGCUCGUGCGCGGAGCGAGAGGUGAAGCCUAAAGACGACAUCGCGGACGAAGACCGAGGCAACGUCAAGUCCUGCGAGCUCAGUUACGUGUCCUGAAGAAGAAAAGCACCCAAAGACCACCCUCAUGUGUGAAUGUUGGUAUGAUAUUAUUUUUCUCCAAUAGUAAUUGACACCAGAUUAUCUGAGAGACACGAACCAUCCAAAAAAAAUAAACUUUCAUCUCAUCUGUCCAUGUCAUCCGUCCCAUUCAUCUUCUGAGCCACUUAUCCUCAGAAGGGUCGCAGGAGUGCUGGAGCCUAUCCCAGGUAUCAUGGGGCGGGUGGCUGGGUAUACCCUGAACUGGUUGCCAGCCAAUCACGGGGCACACGGAGACAGACAAGAGUCUCACUCACAAUCACACCUAGGGGCAAUUUAGAUUCUGUCCAUCCAUCCAUUUUCUUUGCCGCUUAUCCUCACCAGGGUCGCGAGGAAUGCUGGAGCCUAUCCCAGCUGUCAACGGACAGGAGUCGGGGUACAUCCUGAAUUGGUUGCAAGCCAAUCGUAGGACACAUAGAGACAAGCCGGACUCACAAUCACACCUACGGGCAAUUUGGUGUCCAAUUAAUGUUGCGUGUUUUUGGGACGUGGGAGGAAAUCGGAGUGCCCGGAGGAAACCCACGCAGGCACCGGGGGAGUUUUUCUGUAGUGAUGAAAUCCCCUCUUUUGCGGCUUUAUAUCCAUGUGUUUAUUUCCUUUUUAUUGCAAUAAAUAAAGCCGGAGGAAGAUUAGGCCCAUUUCUUUUUGACUGCCCGUCAUAACAAAAGAUUCCAGUGGGCCGGAACAGAUUAAUGGCAUCUCAAUUCAGUUCAGUUGAGAAAAUGGAAUAAAUACGUGGGUAAAAGGAGUUACGAAAUUCGGUGAGGGAAUAAAUGAAACUCGCAAAUCCAGCUAACGCCGUAACACCGUCCAAAUUCCUUUGUGCAGCGUUUGCUGUUUUCUUUUCCACAUUUUUUUGGUCAGCUGACUCCUCAGCCUCCAUUUACGCGAAACUCGGAUUCACUUUGUAGCGCUUGUCAGCACACGUCCUUGUGCUCGUGACAUCUUUUUUUGCCUCACUUUUAAUAACUACACUGCAUGCAUUUCAUUUUCCAAUGUUUUGUUCAAAUGUUUUGAGUCCAAAAACGACAGGUGGUGCAUUUGAUUUCAGAUUUUUUGAAGGUGACGAAGCAUCUUUGGAUAUUUAGUUUUUAUGAAAAACUUUAUAAUCACAAUGAUUGUUAACUUUCACCUUGCGCUAGUCACAUGAGUCGGAUCACGGGAGUUGUGUGCAAACCAAACAUGAAUUCACUUUAUUUGCGCCACUGGAGAGGAUUCAUACUAAAGUACAACUGACAGCUGUAAAAAAGUAACAUAAAUGCAGUAUGCGUACUUAGUUGUACUAUAACGGAUACGCCGACAUCGUCGCUCAUUCCAUUCUCCAGGCCUGCUCUUAUUUUCAUGUGGUCUCCGUAUUAGUAGCGGAUCAAAUCUAAUCGAAACAUUUCCAUGUAAUGAAAUGCAACUCAAAGCGCUUUAAUAGCAGAAGUUAUCAAAAAGUUCCACCUCGCAACAAACCGUGACGAUCAUUUUUUUUUCAUUUUUCGGCUUGAACGCAGAAGCGCAUUUUUGUAUUCAUUUGACUAGAAUGGCGAAUUUUGCGCCGCUUGGCACACAUUCGCACUUAUUUGCGUUGAUUUUUGUUCAAUGUGCAUUCAGUGUGUACAAAACCUGUCUUUGAUUUUAUUUUCCUUUUUUUUUUUUUUUUUUUAAGACAACCAAGCAUUCGUGGUUGUUUUUGAGUGUUGUGUUUUUAAGACAGCUCGGUAUCUGAGUUGCAUUUUAAGGUGACUAAAGAUCUUUAAGUGAAGUCUUUCAGGCAAAUGUCAUUGACUGAUUCUUAAAGGUCAGGUGUCAUCCCUAUAAGCAUUCUAAAAUAGAUAUUGAAAUGAAAAAUACAUGUAACGUUAUUCACUUCAAUGUCUAUACGGAAAAUUAAAUAUGAGCGGAGAGCGCGUCAUCCAUGCGCAAAGUUGCGGGGGUGUCAUUCGACGACAUCCAAGUGGUCGCCAUUUUGCUGCAUCUACUGUCCGUGACGUCACCCCGGACAUUCGCCAUUGAAAACACGCCGUGGCCCCUACUGUGGGACACGGAAGUUCUUUUCGAAGAAGAGAACAUCAUCAUCAACAUCAUCGUUGGGGUCCGACUUUGUUCUCCCUAAGCAUGCUUAUUUAUAGCGUUGUAACAAAUUAAUCCAUCCAUUUUAUUAGCUAACCCUAAUCUUCAAUUUUUGUAAUGUAUAAAUAAUAAUUGUCAUAUACGGUACACACUCAAAAUAGGUCGCUAAAAUUUGACAGGUAAGCAAAAAUAUAUAUUGCCACUUAAAUAUGUAAAUAUUUUGGGGGGACUAUCGCAGCUUCUAAUUGGCUCACGGGGCAACUAUUUUUGGAGCGCUAUCGAUUCCGCCCAGCAACAAAUGACCAUUUUUGGAAAAACAAUCUGUUGAUGUACAGAAAAGCAGUUUUCUGUGUUUUGGAGGGAAAAAAUGAAUACUCCUAUUCCUUUUUGAGGUAAUUAUGUGCCAUAAUCAGAAUAUUUGACUGUCAGUAGAUGACAAGGCAGUUUUGUUGAGCCCUUUGAACUCUGCCUAGCAACAAGUGUCACUUGAAUGUAUGAAACAAAAACAAGACUAUUUCAUUUCUUCUUGUUUCAUAUAAGUCACAUUUUAUGCAUGUUAUAUUUAAUACAAAUCUGAUAGCAAAUGCUAUUCUUUUGUAAUUUCCGUAAUUGCCACUUUUUCAGUAACCAAUGGGGCAAUGAUCAUCAAACCUUGUGAAUUCUGCCCAGCAACAAGUGGCCACACAAACGUAGAAUGCGAAAACCAACGUAAUGAUAAACCAACUAAAUAUAUUUUUAGAAAUUGGGCCGUCUUUUAUAUUCAAUACAGAAUGAAUUUCAAGUCUUAUGAAUUCUGCCAAGCAACAUGUGCCCAUGUGAUGUUUUGCUGCGAAAACCCAUUUUCUUUAUAUCUAGAUUAUGUUUUUAAACGGUAAAACGAU